AUGUUUGGUCACUCCCAUCCAGUGAUUACAAACGCGAUGCAUGCUGCAAUUGACAGCGGCUUUGCCUUGGGUGGAGUAAUCAAAUUCGAAGGACGUCUCGCCCAGCUAUUUUGCUCUCGCUUUGCCAGCAUUGAUAAGAUCCGUUUUUCCAAUUCGGGAACGGAAGCAAACCUUACAGCUUUAGCACUGGUCAAGGCAUAUACAAAAAGAAACACGAUAAUUGUCUUCAUGGGAGGUUACCACGGCGGAUUAGCGAUCUUCGGAAAGGAUGGUAAAGUGACAGCCAAUGUCAUGAAUGCACCCCACAACUUUGUGGUCGCUCCCUACAACGACCUUAAUGCUUUUGAUGAGCUUGUAGAAAAGUACAAACAUGAUUUAGCUUGCAUUUUCCUCGAAUUGAUGCAGGGGUCCUCUGGUUGUUUGCCUGCCGAUAUAGACUUCAUCAAGGCAACUCGAGCAAAAGCGACAGAAGUGGGUGCCGUCCUGAUGUUUGACGAGGUGAUGACAAGCCGGAUGUCAACCGGUGGCCUACAGAAGCUUCUUGGAGUCUGUCCCGACAUGACGACAUUGGGGAAAUAUUUCGGUGUUGGUGGACAGAACUUUGGGGCCUUUGGUGGGAGGGACGAUAUUAUGAGCAUCAUCGAACCUGGACAUCCUGGUGGCGCAUACCACAGUGGAACGUACAACAAUAAUGUUACCACAAUGGCUGCUGGGGUAGCGGUCCUGGAGCAGGUCUGGACUGAGACAGCUGCCUCUGAUUUGUACGCCAUGGGAGAGUGGCUACAAAAGGAAAUCAAGGAGGUAUCAACAGAGGCAGGUUCGAUAUUGCGAGUUACUGGAAUUGGCAGUCUGAUAACACUGCAUUUCGGCACCCAAGAUGUUCGUUCGGCGGCCGAUGUGCAGGAAGGUCUGACGGAUUUGAAGGAGCUCUUUUUCUUCGACAUGCUGAGCAAAGGAUUUUUCCUGGCCCAGCGAGGAAUGAUAAGCUUGAUGACGGUGACAACCAAGGCCGAAUUACAGAGUUUCGUAGGAGCGGUACAGGAGUUUCUCGUUGAGCGGAGAGACCUCGUACGUUAA